AUGAGCUCGCUCGCGCCCGCGAUCGACGCCGCGGCGCCUGUCGGAUCGGGCGCGCACAGCCCAGCGAGCCCGGCGCAAGGGGGCGCGGCGGCGGCCGAGUGGACGCGGGGCGCGUGGCGGCGCGGCAUGGCGUCGUCGGCGGCGGCGGCGAGCUCGGAGGAGGAGAAGCGCGUCGUGACGCUCUUCCCAGGCGACGGCAUCGGCCCAGAAAUCGCGGUGGCCGUCAAGCAGGUGUUCGCGGCGGCGGGAGUGCCGGUGGAGUGGGAGGAGCAGGCGAUCGGCACGAGCGUAGACCCGCGCACCAACAGCUUCGUGACGCUCGAGAGCCUCGAGUCGGUGCGGCGCAACGGCGUGGGGCUCAAGGGCCCCAUGACCACGCCCAUCGGCAAGGGCUUCCGGUCGCUCAACCUGACGCUGCGCAAGGAGUUGGGGCUGUUCGCGAACGUGCGGCCGUGCAAGAGCAUUCCUGGUUACCGCACGCGAUACGACGACGUGGACCUGGUUACCAUUCGCGAAAACACGGAGGGGGAGUACAGCGGGCUGGAGCACACGGUGGUGAAGGGCGUGGUGGAGUCGCUCAAGGUGAUCACGCGCGCGGGCAGCAUGCGCGUGGCGGAGUACGCCUUCAAGUACGCGCGCGAGCACAACAGGCAGCGCGUGACGGCCAUCCACAAGGCCAACAUCAUGAAGAAGUCUGACGGGCUCUUCCUGCAGUGCUGCAGGGAGGUGGCGGAGCAGUACGGGGACGUGCAGUACGAGGAGCUCAUCAUCGACAACGCCUGCAUGAUGCUGGUGCGGGAGCCGCGCGACUUUGACGUGCUGGUGAUGCCCAACCUGUACGGCGACAUCGUGAGCGACCUGGCCGCAGGGCUCAUCGGCGGGCUGGGCCUCACUCCCUCGGGCAACAUCGGCCGCGAUGGGCUUGCUCUCAUGGAGGCCGUGCACGGCACCGCGCCUGACAUCGCUGGCAAGGCACACCUUCCCUGUCUUCCAUCCCCACGGCCCUUUCUUCCUCCCUCUCUGACCUGGCCCCUUCUUCUCACCCUCCCAUCGAUCACCUCUCCCACCCCUCCCUUCCCUCCACUCCCCCAACAAUCCUCACUCGCCCCUCCCCUCUCGGACGGCACAUGGCAGAACCUGGCGAACCCAACGGCACUGCUGCUGAGUGCCGUGAUGAUGCUGCGCCACAUGGGGCUGGGCGGACACGCCGACCGCAUAGACGCCGCCGUCAUGGCCACCAUCGAGGCGGGGCGCUUCCUGACGCGCGACCUGGGUGGCUCCUCGGGCACCUCCGACUUCACCAAGGCAGUCAUUGGCAACCUACAGUGA